ACCGCCGGUCCGCCCGCCGGCCGCCCUCCUCAGGCCCCUCCAUCUUGGCCCCGGCAGCCACGGGCACGGGGAGGAUGUGCCGCCUCCCGGCCGGGGGAAGAAGGAGGAGGACAAGAAGAUGAAGAAGUGCCGGCGGGCCUUGGCCCUCUGCCUCUUCCUCUGCUCGCUGGCCUGGCUUCCACGCUGGCAAGUUUGCUGUAAAGAGAGCCCUUCAGCCACAUCAUAUUACACUCAAGACGACAACUGUCCUAAUGAAGAGGAACCUAUUGAAAAAAAGGAGGAAGCAGGAAGAUUGAGUGAAUCCACACUACUUAAGGAUUCAAUAUCAAACACAGCAAAUCCCCCGGGAGAAGAUCAUUUUGGAGAUGAUUGCGUCGCUGAUGACCAGAGUACCCAAGCAAAUCUGCUAAGUCCAUCUGCAGAUGAGACAUUCCCUUCCGUUGACCUAAGUGAAGAUUCUUCUAGCAUAGCUGCAAACACUGAAAGUGUUGAAAAUAUUUCCAGUUCAUCUACCUCACAAAUGACUCCAAUCUCACAGCCUAAUGAAAUAGAAAAUUCGGGUGCUGAAGCCUCUGUAGCCAGCUCAAUUGAUGUUGAGCAGUCAGAAACUGAUUGUGAUAUUGGAGGGACUCUUGAGACUGAGCCUCAGGUUAAAUCCUCCUCCUUCGUCACUCCCCCAGAAAGUCUUGUGGGGCAACAUAUAGAAAAUUCUUCUUCUUCACAUGGCAAAGGAAAGAUAACGAAAUCAGAAUUUGAAUCCAGAGUUUCGGAAGGUGCACAAGGAGCUGAAGAUCAGAAAUCAGCUCUCAAUACUUCAGAUAACUUAAAAAGAGAGAGAGCAGAUUAUAAGAAAGCAGUGGAAAUUGACCCUACCUCUGUAGUAAGCCCCAAGGAUCCAGGAGACAUCCCAACAUUUGAUGAGUGGAAAAAGAAAGUUAUGGAAGUAGAGAAAGAAAAGAGUUUAUCCGCAGGUCAGUCAAUGCAUCCAUCUUCUAAUGGGGGCCAGCAUUCCACCAAAAAGGUCCAGAAAAACCGGAAUAAUUAUGCAUCAGUGGAAUGUGGUGCCAAAAUCUUGGCAGCUAAUCCAGAGGCCAAGAGUACAUCAGCUAUUCUUAUUGAAAAUAUGGACUUGUAUAUGUUGAAUCCAUGCAGCACAAAAAUUUGGUUUGUUAUUGAACUUUGUGAACCAAUUCAAGUAAAGCAGCUUGACAUCGCAAAUUAUGAAUUAUUUUCAUCUACACCUAAAGAUUUUCUGGUUUCUAUUAGUGACAGAUAUCCAACAAGUAAAUGGAUUAAACUAGGCACUUUUCAUGGUAGAGAUGAAAGAAAUGUCCAAAGCUUCCCUUUAGAUGAGCAGAUGUAUGCUAAAUAUGUCAAGAUGUUCAUCAAGUACAUAAAGGUAGAGCUGGUAUCACACUUUGGAUCAGAACACUUUUGCCCAUUAAGCCUUAUAAGAGUGUUUGGCACUAGCAUGGUUGAGGAAUAUGAGGAAAUUGCUGAUUCCCAAUACCACUCAGAACGUCAAGAAUUAUUUGAUGAGGACUAUGAUUAUCCUUUGGAUUACAAUACAGGGGAAGAUAAAUCUUCCAAAAAUCUCCUUGGCUCUGCUACAAAUGCCAUUCUGAAUAUGGUGAAUAUUGCCGCUAACAUUCUGGGAGCAAAAACUGAAGACCUUGUUGAAGCAGAAGGAAAUAAGAGUCUAUCUGAGAAUACGACUACUAUAGCUGCACCUAAUAUGCCUGAACCAACUCCCGUUCCUUCUCCAGGGUUUGUAACUACUGAAGUCCAUCCACCAGAUACAGAGCCAUCAACCUUGGAGUUUCCAAAAGAGAGCCCCAUUGUUCAACUGGUCCAAGAAGAGGAGGAGGAGACAAGCCCCUCGACUGUGACCCUCCUGGGCCACGAUGAGCAGGAAGAAGAAUCGUUGGCCUGGUUUGAGUUUGAGACCCAAAUAUAUUGCAGUGAAGCGGCCGCCAGCUGUUGCCUCCCGAGCUUCUCAGAAUAUCUCUUUAAGUGGUGCUCUGUAGCAGUUGCUCUUCACCGUCAGCGCAGCACCAGCAGCAAGAAGAAGGAGUCUCCCGAAACUCCUCGGCCGCCACCGGCACUUCCCACAGAGUUGGCUAACGUUUCAGUGACUCAGCCUCCCCCCGGGGAAUCGGACAGCCACGUCGUGGCCGGAGAAUCCGAAGCCCCUGUUGUGGGAGGCUUAAGGAGCGCGGUCCAAGAGGAGCUGACAAACCACACGGUGGAUGCCAUCGAGCUGGAGCCCAGCCACCCGCAGACGGUUUCUCAGUCCCUCCCAAUGGAGGUUACUCCAGAAAUGAAGCUCGUGUCUCAAGGGGAGGGAUCUAAGCCCACAAAACACGAGGUGGGGCAAACGGCCUCCCAAGUGGUUCCUCGGGAGCGAACCACCGACGCUUCCACCGAAACGGAGCGGAGAUCAGAGAGCGCUGAUGCUGAGGAGAAGCACUCGGCCAUCUUUGAAACCAGUACUCUCAGCGAGGCCAGGGACAGCAGUUUGAAAGUGGACGUAAGCUCCGCCCCGAUGGUCCCCACGCCUCCUGAAACGAUAACGCAGGCCGACUACCCCGUGACCACCUCGGAUGUUGAAGCGGGGGAAGCCCGAGCGACCCCCGCCGACACCCAAAGGCCGGUCUCGACUCCUGCGGUGGAGUCUCCUCCGGUAACAGAAGUAAGAGAUGAAGAGCAGGCCCCUGAAGAUGCACUUCUGGCUCUCCCUGUGUCAGGGGGGCUGCAGAGGACAGCCACAGAUUUUUAUGCUGAACUGCAAAAUUCCACGGACCUCGGGUAUGCCAAUGGCAAUCUUGUUCAUGGAUCUAAUCAAAAGGAGUCCGUAUUUAUGAGACUGAACAAUCGGAUCAAAGCCUUAGAAGUCAACAUGUCCCUGAGUGGUCGUUAUCUGGAGGAACUUAGCCAAAGGUACAGAAAACAAAUGGAAGAAAUGCAGAAAGCCUUCAAUAAGACAAUAAUAAAACUUCAGAACACUUCAAGAAUAGCAGAAGAGCAGGAUCAGCGACAGACGGAAGCCAUUCAGUUAUUGCAAGCCCAGCUGACCAACAUGACCCAGCUCGUUUCCAAUCUGUCGUCAACUGUAUCAGAACUGAAGCGAGAGGUUUCGGAUCGACAAAGUUACCUUGUGAUUUCGUUGGUUCUGUGUGUUAUCCUGGGGCUGAUGCUAUGUAUGCAGCGAUGCCGGAAUUCUUCUCAUUUUGAUGAAGAUUACAAUUCAGGACUUCCCAAAAGUAAUAAUUACCCCAGCCCUAAAAGGUGCUUCUCUUCCUAUGAUGAUAUGAAUCUGAAAAGGAGGACGUCAUUUCCACUCAUCCGAUCCAAAUCAUUUCAGUUAUCUGGAAAAGAAGCGGAUCCUGAUGAUUUGUACAUUGUAGAGCCCGUAAAGUUUUCACCAGAAAAGAAGAAAAAACGGUGUAAAUACAAAGCGGAAAAAAUCGAGACCAUAAAGCCCGCAGACCCUUUGCAUCCCGUUGCCAAUGGAGAUAUUAAAGGAAGGAAGCCCUUUACGAACCAGAGAGACUUCUCUAACAUGGGGGAGGUUUAUCACUCUUCGUAUAAAGGCCCUCCGUCCGAAGGGAGCUCAGAAACCUCCUCGCAGUCGGAGGAGUCCUACUUUUGUGGCAUUUCAGCCUGCACGAGCCUGUGCAACGGACAACCCCAAAAGACAAAAACCGAGAAGCGGGCCUUAAAACGAAGGCGGUCUAAAGUUCAAGACCAAGGGAAAUUGCUCAAGACUCUAAUACAGACUAAGUCAGGAUCGAUGCCGAGCCUGCACGACAUCAUCAAAGGAAACAAGGAGAUCACAGUGGGGACAUUUGGUGUCACAGCAGUGUCGGGACAUGUCUAAAGCUACUGGGACUUGGCGUCUGGGGACUUUGGGGUUCAUCUUGGAAGAGCCGCCUGUGGUAGUUACAGAGGGUUGGGGAUAAGUUGAAAACAGAGUGAUUUGAUGGGAAGAGUAUUCAGAACUUAGGGUCUCUGCCUUGAAGUAGGUGGGAUUGUGUCAAUCUUGGCUAAGCUGCCGUUUUACAAGGCCGAUUGCUUCCUACACAGACGAUUGGAGUCAUUUUAUAAAGACGUUUUUCACAGUUUAAAAUGCCGGGGCAAAGAUCAUUUUGAAGCCCAGUUCGUUGAGGGGAAUAGGAAUGAAAGCCUAAUCCUCUUCCUUUAGCUUUGUUCCUAUUUCUUGCACCUUCCCAUAUUUAUGUGCCUUUUUUGUCUAUUUAUAAUGCCACUGGAAGAGGAGAAAAAGAUGAACUGGUUUGUCAUUAGAUUUCUUUUGCCAUUUCUAGCUUUCUAGAAGCUGGAAACACUACAGUGCUGUAAAUUGGCCUAGAGCUGGAGGUCAGCAGCGGAGGUCAGAUAGUGUAAAGAUUUUUAAGGGACUGUGCCCACAAGGUCUGGGUUAGCAAACUCGCUGGGCAAACGUCCGUAAAAGGGCCAUCACACUUAUUCCACGGGAGCAGGUUGAACGGAUUUGGAGUGGAAUCCUGCGUCCAAAAUAACAAACUGCAUGAGAGAGUGAAAUGAACUUAGUGUAACCCAUGGCACCGACUACUUCAUGCAGACAAACAUCAUUCCCAGACAUUUCUCUUCAACUUUAAGGUAUUUAGCUACCGAUACAGUUUUUCUGGAGCUGUGUUUGAGUUUUGUUUACAUGGAGCACUCAUCCUUUGAGACACUUCAAUCACUAAUGUUUUCUGUUAGUAGAUGCUGAGUUUGGGACGAAGAAAAUCUAGCGGGGCCAGCUAAGUUUGACCUAAAAAGAUGGGGUGCUGGGAACCAUUGUACAGUUGUCUGCCAGUGAGUUUGCCCACCCAUGUCAAUUGGUGAAGUUCAAGAGGAUUAUUCCAGAAUGUGUGUGCUUCUGUUUUGGCUAACGUGCAGAUUUGUGUGUGUAUUGGUAUGUCUGUGUUGAUACUCCUUUUAGUUGUGGGUUUUUUUUGUUGUUUGGUUGGGUUUUUUUGGUCAGUGACUGUGUGUUUGAGUAAAGGAUUGCCAUACUGUGUGAAUGGAACAGUGAAUGGAUGCAACAAAAUAUUCCUCUUAAGUGUGACAGGUCCAUGUUGUAAGUCUAAAUUAUAACUUAUUGAGCACUUUUAGUGAGAUACUUAAAAAAAAAACUGGUCUAAAUACCUUUCCUGGGUAUUUUGUAUGUAAUGUGACUUAUUUAAAGCCUUUUUUUUCCUGCUUUCAUGUUAGUUUACAAAUACUUUUUAGGUGCUGUACUUUUUACUCUGCACAGUUAGCCAAUCAGAAAAAGAAGGUCUGAUUUGGAAGGAAUCACCUUGACAAGUGGUCCAAACUAGAAAGGGUCGGGCAAGGGAAGCUAUGUCAUCCCAGGGCAGAAUGCAAACGAUGUGGAAAGAGGAGGACUUGUAACAUGUAACUACAGAGCUGUAGUGCCAUUAGAAACUGUGAAUUUCCAAAUAAAUCUGAACACUUGUCUUUUAA